AUGUCCUUCUAUAGAGCCCCACCAAGCGGCGUCUGGGCACCAGCGAUCACAUUUUUCGACCAUGAGACAGAUACACUAGAUACCGAUUCACAAGCAGCAUACUACUCUUAUCUCUCUAAAACCGGUCUUGCAGGCCUGGUCGUGCUCGGAACAAAUGCCGAGACCUUCCUGUUGACACGCGAAGAACGCAAGGCAUUGUUACAGACAGCUCGUCAAGCAUGCGGGCCAUCAUUCCCUAUCAUGGCCGGUGUUGGUGGACACUCAACCAAGCAGGUCUUGGAGUUCAUCAACGACGCAGCUGAUGCCGGAGCCAACUAUGUUCUGCUGCUUCCCCCGGCCUACUUUGGGAAGCAGACAACCCCGGAGGUCAUCAACAACUUCUUUGACGACGUUGCGCAGAACAGUCAACUACCUAUCGUCAUUUACAACUUCCCUGUCGUUUGUAACGGCAUCGACCUGGACUCUGCCACCAUCGCUGCAUUGGCAAAGAAACACAGCAAUAUUGUUGGCGUCAAGCUGACAUGCGGAGCUGUCGCAAAGAUAACGCGACUUUCCGCAGAGCUUCCCGAGGAACGUUUUGCAAUCUACGGUGGCCAAUCAGACUUCUUGAUAGGAGGCCUGGCUGCUGGGUCUCACGGCACAAUUGCAGGUUUUGCCAAUGUUGUCCCCAAGACAAUCGUGCAUAUCUAUAACCUCUAUCAAGAGGGCAAGUUCCAAGAAGCGAUGGCUCUGCACAAGAAGGCGGCGCUGGCCGAGCAGCCUUGCAAGGCUGGAAUUGCAUCAGUCAAGUAUGCUGCAACUCUGAGCACAGCCAAGGCCGCUGGUAUCAAGGGCGCUGCAGAGAAGUUGAAGCCCAGAAGGCCAUAUGUGGAGCCUACGGAUGCUGCGAAGAAGAGCAUUGAGUCACAAAUUUCUGAAAUGUUGAACUUUGAAGCCACUCUAAAGCUACCGGCCGAGAAAGGCAAAUCUAAUGGCGUGACGAAUGGAGUAUCGAAUGGGAUCACGAAUGGAACAUCAAACGGCGUGGCGGUGCAUUAA